GGCGAGGGCUCUUCGAGCUCCUCGUCCAGCCGUAUCAACGUCGUGGUCCGCUGCCGCCCGCUGGCGGAGUCGGAGCGCUGCGGGGGGUCUCAGGACAUAUGCAGAGUCAUGGACAAGAAGCUCGUCAUCCUGCUGGAUCCUGCGACCGCGGCGUCGAACGACUACCUGCGCGCCGACAAG